AUGAAACCGGAAGGUGGCGGUGUUGAGUUGAACGCUGACGCAUUGCGCUUUCUCGCCGCCGGCAAUCCGCUGUUUGCCGGUCAAUUUCCCUUUCCAGGGAUGCCUGGUGCAGGGCCAGCUGAUGCAUUUCGUGCCAUGGCUGCACAAGCAGGCCUACCGUUCCCGGUGAUGUAUCCUGGCUUGCAACCGGUAAGUAAGAUUUUACAAAAUUCUGCUGCUUUAUAAGU